CCAUCAGUCACUGCCCAGUGCUGGAGCUUUGCUGGACUCCAGGGGGCCUGGAAGGGAAAACCAAAAUCCCUUUUAAGGAAGCAUUCCCAUCCUGUGCUGCUCCACACGCCCCCGCCGGUCCCUCGCACAACCCAACAAGCGUUUCAUGCAUUCAUCUGUCCCUAUUCUGAGCUGCUGCACCAGCUGUUUGCCAAAAAUAAACACCAUUCCACAACCAUAUAUGUAUGUGCAACAGCCUUCUGGUGCCUGUGAGCCCCUCCAGCACUGCCUGCUGGUAAUUCCACAGGGCCAGAGACUGUUCUGCCUACCACAGGGGCUCCGUCAGGCUAUGCAUAUAACCCAGCUCAAUCGGGAGUGCCUUUUACAUCUGUUUUCUUUUCUGGACAAAAACAGUAGGAAAAGUUUAGCAAAAACAUGUCACAAGCUGCUAGAAGUGUUCCAGGAUCCGUUACUGUGGUCUCUCUUGAACUUUCAUUCUCCAGUGGAACUAAAGAAGGAUAAUUUCCUCCUGGGACCUGCUUUAAAAUACUUAUCCAUCUGCUGGUAUUCAGAGAGAGUCAAGGUGUGUAACAUUGAGGACUGGAUGAAAAACAGCUUCCAGAAAGACUUCUGUAACAGGCAUGAGAGCACUGUCACUGACUUUUUACUAGAAGUUUGCAACAGGUGUCCAAACCUGCUGUCUCUGACCCUCUCGGGCUGCGGCCAUGUUACAGAUGACUGCAUCCUGCUGCUUCUCAAGAACUGCCCAAACCUCAGGAUACUCAAACUGGAAAACUGUGUGCGGAUCACUGACCAGACCCUGGAAGCUGUAACCCUCUAUGGGAGCUCGCUGCACACGCUCCACGUGGAUUUCUGCCGGAACAUAACACAAACUGGUCUAGAGAGAGUCAGGGAAAAGUGCCCUUCCGUAACGCUGAGAGCAGAGAGGAGCGCUAACAUGAUUCCAGACAAUAAGCCAGGGAAAAAGCUGAUGCUUGAAAAAGCAUCAAGAAAAUUGGUUCAGCUUUAAAUGCACAAACUGUGUAACGUGCCCUCAGUCAGUGUGGGUGUCGGAGCCACUGCUGCCCUCCUCUAGGGCAGCAGUGCUACGCUGACCU